UUUGUGUGUACUGUUUGUUACCAGGAACACAAUGAAACACAUUUCAGGCAGAACUAUCAGGUGUCAACACGUACUCCUGCAUUUCAUAACACACAUUGCUUCAUCGUAAAAAAAAAAAAAAAGGGGCAGUACAGUGGCAGCCAGUUAUGAUUGCAUUUGGACUCAUAUUCCAUCUAUAUUUUGUGUUAAUGUAAUAAAGAUGUGUGUGUGUUGCAGCUUCUGACUACCACCAGAUCAGCCCGAGAAUAGCAUGGGGGGUGCAGUGGUGGACGACGGACCGACCGGUGUGAAGGCACCCGACGGCGGCUGGGGCUGGGCGGUGUUAGUCGGCUGCUUCGUCAUUACCGGCUUCUCCUACGCCUUCCCCAAAGCGGUCAGCGUCUUCUUCAAGGAGUUAAUAAAGGAGUUCCACGUGGGCUACAGUGACACCGCCUGGAUUUCCUCCAUUUUGCUUGCCAUGCUCUACGGCACAGGUCCUCUGUGCAGCGUGUUGGUGAACAGGUUCGGCUGUCGACCGGUCAUGAUGGUCGGUGGACUCUUUGCCUCGUUGGGAAUGAUUCUGGCUUCCUUUGCAACCAGCAUUAUCCACAUCUACCUCUGCACCGGCGUAAUUACAGGUCUGGGCCUGGCAUUGAAUUUCCAGCCAUCCCUGAUCAUGCUAAAUCGCUACUUCAGCGAGAAGCGACCUUUGGCUAACGGGCUGGCGGCUGCAGGCAGCCCCGUGGCUCUGUGUUGUCUUUCCCCUCUGGGCCAAAUUCUUCAGUACCACUAUGGCUGGAGGGGUGGUUUUCUCAUACUGGGGGGAAUGCUCCUCAACUGCUGUGCCUGCGGUGCUCUUAUGAGGCCCCUCUUGCCACCGAAAAAGCAAGCUGUCCAAUUUGAGGACGGCCAUCUUCUAGAAGCAGAAGAGAAGAAGAUUCAGCCCAAGAAGAAAUUACUGGACUUCAGCGUGUUUAAGGACAGAGGCUUUCUUAUUUAUACCGUGGCGGCCUCCAUUAUGGUGCUGGGCUUGUUUGUGCCGCCCGUGUUCGUGGUCAACUACGCCAAAGGGCUGGGCUACGAGGACACCACUUCGGCCCUGCUGCUCACGAUUCUGGGAUUUGUAGACAUGUUCGCUCGUCCUCUCUGCGGAAUCAUCGCCGGUACGAAGUGGGUACGGCCGAGGUGCGUCUACCUCUUCAGUUUUGCCAUGCUCUUCAACGGAGUCACCGAUCUCAUCGGGUCACAGGCAGACACCUAUGGAGGUCUGGUGGCCUUCUGUGUCUUCUUUGGCAUGUCAUACGGCAUGGUGGGAGCCCUUCAGUUUGAGGUCCUGAUGGCUAUCGUGGGAACGGAAAAGUUCCCCAGUGCCAUUGGCCUGGUCCUGCUGAUGGAAGCCGUGGCUGUCUUAGUGGGGCCUCCUGGAGCAGGUCGCCUCUUGGAUGCCACCCACAAGUACAUGUACAUUUUCUUGUUGGCGGGCUGUGAGGUCACAUUGUCCGCCGCCGUGAUCGCUCUGGGGAACUUCCUGUGCAUCAAAAGGAAACAAGAAGCACCCCCGGAGGCUACGUUGGAAAUGGCAGGGAAGGCUCCAGAGGAGAGCCUCCACAAUGAGAAGGAAGGCCCAGAUCAGGAGCGGGAAGAUGAAGAAAGAGGAAAAUACAGAGAUUUGAAUGCAGGGGGAGAUAAUAUGCAGAUGGAUGGGAUAGAGCAGAAUACUGAAGCAUCGUUAUGAGGACAUCAUUCAAAAUACUGUAUCAGUAUCAAGAGCAAUUCGUUGACAUAGGGCAGUAAACAUCAAUACAAUACUGUACGGCAAUUGUGAGUUUAAACGCACGGAUUUUUUCCUCGCCAUGUCCAUUUUAUCGUUUUGUUUAAAUCCUAUUUAUUUGAACAGCAUCGGUGGGUCACACUUAAGUCAACAUUCCCCAAGCUCUAUACUGCCCACCCGACGAUGCUCGAUGAAUUUGCCUUUAUUCUUCUAUACGACUGGCUAACGUUUUUUUUUUUUUUUUUUUAAUGUCGCAUAAAUGCAGUGAUGUCAUGUGUCAAUCGAUGCUAUAUUGUCUGCUUUCUAUUUAAAAAGAUGGAAUUUAACAUAGCGCAUACAAUUAACUAUUUGGGCGAAGGCGUUGUGACAUGUUUCUUGUACUGUAUCCACAUGAGAAAUAAACGAUCCAGAUGUGUC